AUAAAUAUAAAUAUUAUUCACCCCCUUUAUUUCCUCACUCACUCACUCUCUCACUCCACUUUCUCUCUCCUCCUAAUUUUCUCUCUCCUCCUACAACAUGGCUUUCCAAGAUCACCCUUCUUUCCCAGAUUACCCCCAGAUGAUAAUGGGGGCAAUAGAAGGGUUAAACGAGAAAGAAGGUUCGAGUAAAGAGGCGAUAACGAACUACAUAGAGUCAAACUAUGUAGAUCUGCCGCCUACUCACGCGACGCAUGUGGGGCACACGCUGGAAAAGCUGAGACAAACAGGUCAACUCAUGAUGUUGAAAGAUGACACUUAUAUUCUGAAUGAUGAGCAACAAGAGGAGGAGGAAUUAGCUGAUGAGCCAACUAAUGGGCUUAGCGGGCUUACAUCUUCGCCCAUUAAGAGAGGACGUGGACGUCCACCAAAGCCCAAAGGGAAUAAUAAUACUCCAAGUGGGCCGGGUCAAAUUCAGCCUGUUAGGCCCAGAGGUAGGCCUCCUAAGGAGAGGGACCCACUUGCUCCUGUGACCCGGCCCAGUAAGCCGCCUUCUUCUGGUAGGCCACGUGGCAGGCCCAAGAAGAAUCCUUCGGAAGUUAGUGUGAGUAGUGUUACUGGUGGUGGGGCCGGGAUUGGUGGUGUGAAGAGGGGUAGAGGUCGUCCGAGGAAGUCUUGAGGGGUAUAAUGGUAAUUUCGUAGGGUUGGGCGGGGGUAGAAUUGUAAAUUUGUUGUGAGGAGGAAAAAUGGUGAUGAUGAUGAUGUAGUUGUGUUUGUUUUUACAUGCCUUUUGAAUCUUUAGAUUAAAAAAAUUUAAAUUAAAAGUAAAAAAAAAAAAAAAAAAAAAAAGGGGGGGGGGUAAAUUCUUGUGAUGACAACUAAUUUUAUUUUGGGUAUUUUUAUUUUUUUAAAGUUAACUUUCAAAAAAAAAAAAAAAGAAAGAAAGAACUUUAGUUUCUGAUUGGUAGGAAUUUUUAUUUUUAUUUUUUUUUUUAAAAAGCUGAGGAUCUUAAGGCAUGCUUAAGAGUAUUUUAAUUUUAUUAGUAGGAGUUUAGAGUAGGUGGGCCCCUUUUUGGCUCUUUUUUUUUUUUUUUUUUUUUUUUUUAAUUUUUAGUUGGGUUUUAUUUAAAUUUAGUAAUUAGUGGUAGUAAAAUUGUUGUUAAUGUAAUGGGUUUAUGAAUUGAUGUGAUAUAUAAAAAGGAACAUUGGAUUUCAUGUGGUUUGAUUA